GGCUCUAAAGACUGCAGUAUUCUUUCGAGCGAGCCUGCCGGAAAGUCGUGCAAGAACAAACAAAGCCAGGCUACAGUUUUAUGGGCAAAUAGGAGAGACAGCGCGUGGAAGGGUAGUUAGCUCGAGUCCCCUUGCUUCAUCUCUCCUGGGUUCAGCUGGCCACGCCCGACAUGGCCAGACCGGUGCUUGCACUCCUGGUUCUGGUCUGCCUGGUGGUGGUAUGCGAGUGCGCGUUCGAGGACAGGAUGGGGAGGCAACUCCGGACACCCGAGUGCAGGAAACUACUCAAAGUAUUCAAGAAGUGCGGCAUCAAGAAGCGUUGGACAAACCAAUCGCAGAAGGACAUGGCCGCCGUCAUGUCCCAGGCUCCGUUCCACGAAGAUCUAAACGGCUGUUUGGCCAUGUCCCUCGAUAUGGGGGCCAACAAGUCCUACUGCAAGGAUGAACCAAGUAUGAGGGUUUACCUACAGUGUUCAAGAAUGGCACUGGUCAGAAGAGUCGACGUGAGGAACAAGUUCUUCGCCAUCAAGUUUCAUGGUGGAUAUGACCACUGCGUGAAAGUUCGCAUGGGCAUGCUGGGAGACUUUGGCGGGAUGCCGUUGGAACCUGACGACGACGGUGACGACGAACACCAUCACGAUGACGAUAGAGACGGCGAUACAGUACGCGAUGAUGGUUAUCAUGGAGGUGAAGACGGGACUAAGGCCUCUAUGACGCAAGGGGCCAGAGAAAGAAGGAGGAGAAGGCGGAAAACACCGACGCAUGGAACGGAAGCGGUGGUUUUCAGUCCACCGCAUGCCGACGACGACGACGACGACGACUCCUCAACUCGUUACGGCACGUCGAUGCGACGCGAAGCAUCCGGGACGCAGGACGGCGGGCACCGUCGACCCAAGCGUUCCGCCGACCGCGUCCCUCCGGAGCCAGUCGGCGGUCUCGGACCGGACGACUUCAUACGUCGCCGUCCCUACGACAGGCACAAUCGACACCGAAGGCGGCCCGUCGACGAUGACGAAACAAUGCGGCGACACCGCAGGUAUCCCCCUGGAUUCGACGAGCGCGAUGAGCUCGGCGGCGACGACGACGAGUAGAGACGUAAAGAUGAGAAAGUCUGGCAGGCGGCCACAUCGCGACCGCGAUCGGGACGACCACGACGAGGCUCGGAGAUGAGGGAGAAGCCGAGGCCCGGAGAUGCGAGGAGUUCUGCUCGUUUCCUCUUUUCCCAUUCCUCCCAUUCUUUAUGUGUAGAGGGCGCUCGUCGUCAUGGUCGCAACCACGUGACCCAAAUUUAUCCACCCGAGAACAGCAUGUGCGCCAACGUUUCCCAGUCUUUCUCCCUACGUACUUUUUUUUUUGGUCAAUAAAGCGAAACGCGCCAUUCGCGCACAUCCUUAGAA